AUGUCUUAUGGCAAUCGCCAUCUUGACCUCGUCGGCGCUAUCCAAAUCCCAACAGCCCGCGUGUUGGAAGAAGACUUGACAUCUCGUGGCUUCGUGUUUCAUGCAUAUCGGCCAAGCCCUCGUCGAGAUCACCUGAACAACGUGCACCGCCUCCGAAACAGCGAGGUCCUCGUCACCACUCACUCGCCUCUAUCGCCACAAGAUUUGCAAAAUCGGGGGCUGGGGAGGGUAGGAUUCUCGUCCUAUCCAUACUGCAGUUUCACAAAGCAUCACGGGACCGUGACGCCGGAAAGACGAACAAGGCUCAAGAUCAACCUUAACCUCAACCUCCAGCAUGCUCGCACAUUACCAACUGCCCGAUCAGGGCCGAGGAAGAUAGGCUACCUACCCUACCUACCUACUGACCCGCCUGCAUACUUCCACCUCCGCCGAGUUCCUCCACGAAUUUGGCCUAGACCCCCGCGACUCUCGCAUAGACAUCUCCAAGUACAACUAGCUGCAGACGGGAUAAACUCAUCCGAACCGGGCGUGAUAACAGAGGUUCGGGCGAACCACGGGCAUCUCAUUCCCGUUCGAAAAGAGAGAAAGGGAAAGGACGUUCAUUGGAGAUGGUCCGGGGGCGGGCCGUGCUGGAGCCCAUGGUGCCAAACUCUGCUCUUAUCUCUCAAUCUCUCGAGCUUUCCCCCCUCGGAUAUUGUUUUUUUCUCCCUGCGGCUUCUCGUUGGGUCAAAGAAAACAACAGCUCGAAGCAGAAAUCCCCUCGCGCGGUAUGACAUCCCCCGGCCGUGCACUUGCAGACGCACGCACAACCCGCACGGGGUCCCGGGCGUCUGUCCACCCAUCUCACCACGUCAUUCAUCCCGGGCUUAG